UGAAAAUGUCCUCGAAACCGGUAACGCCGGUCCAGCAGCGUCGGCCGUAUCCCGGCGAAAGCGAAUCCACCAGGAUACCGCAACCGUUCUGCCGGUCAUACUCGCUGCGCAUGCGCACCAGCCGAAGCUUCCAUGACUACCAACAUUACCGGAGCGAGUGCUGCGAUUGUGACGGUGGUAUCGCUCAGCAGCUGGGCAGCCAUCCAAGCAACCUAGUCAUGCAAGGAUCGGGCGCGAAGACGAAAAGUGCGCCCGUGGCACCGUCCGGUGGUAAUAAAUCGAUUGCUUCCCAUGGCUACCAUGGCCACCACCACCAGUCGCAGCAGCAUUCACCGACGAUGGCGACUUCGAAUCCUGGCGACGAGGUGGACUCAUUCGUCGUUCCAACCACCAGCGGAAAGGAUGGGUCGGUACCGAACGGUGUGAUACCGCACGGUGAUGGCCCUCAGGUCCUUGGAAACUGUAUUUCGUCACCGUCGUCGUCGUCGUCGCUGGGAGCGCUGUGCAAAGCGAAGGGAUCCUGCCAGCAGCUGAAGCAGCAGCAGAAUCACCAUGAACGUGGAAUGUCUUUGAAUCUUGUCAACUCUGGACACAGUAGCAGUAGUCAAAGAACGCCAAGAACUCCGCAAACGCCCAACGGAGGCCCAGGAAUAGGAUUGCAGCGCGUAGUCGCUUCAGGUAUUGUUGGAGGACUGAGCCCGAAGACGCCGCCCGUAUCGCCGGAAUCGCCGAUCAACAGCUACUUGGAUGACGAUCUAGACUCCCUGCACAGCUACAGCUCGGUGGCGAGCGGCAUGUCGUGUGACCAUCCGUACGUGGCUCGAAACGGGACCACCUUUAGUGGCCGUAAGAUGAAGUACGUGGUGCACUGUUCAAGCCAUGCCGGCCAGACCGGAGGCGACUACCUAACACCGACACAACGCGCUCAACGUCAGAUCCGGCGGCUAAAGGAGCUGUUGUCCCAGGCUCGGUGUGACCUGGAGCAGCGGGACAGCGAGAUCCUUCGUCUGACUAAGGAGGUGGUGGAGUUGCGGUUGUUCAAGGCAUCGCUCAGCUCCCCGGAGGAGCGUAGCAACUCGAGCGAUGCCGUUACGGUGCGAGAGAAUACAACGAACGACGUGAACACACCGAGCUCCAGUCAGGACAUUUCGCCCAUCGUCGAUCAGAUUGAUGAGGGUGUCGCGAAGGCGAGUCCUCGCCACCAUCACCAUCACAUGCAGGCUGGUAUCCAUCAGGUGCAGUUCAUCGACAAGCUGUCGACGUCGGAGAUGCAAAGCUCGUUCGCCGAUUCUGGCCACUUCGAAGACAUCACGACUUCGUCGAUCCACUCGAAGGACUCGUACGUGCACACGCAGGAUCGUGCAUGUGGCAGCGAUGAGGAGAUGGACGCGGAGAAGAAGCGUCUGGUUGCCCUGUACGAAGAGCGCAUCGAGGAGCUGAUCAAGCAACACCAGUCGGAGGAGCAGCAGCUGCGAACGUCGAACAACGAUCGGUUCGAGGUGUUGCUGCAAAAGCUGGCCGAGUCCAACACGCGCUAUUGCGAUCUGGUGCCGGACUACGAGCAGGCUAAGGAACGCAUCCGAGAGCUUGAGAAGCAGCUGGAAAAACUGCAGGCACAACUGCAGGAGCAGGAAGACAAGGCAAACAAGAUGUAUCUUCACAUGUACACCAAGGAUCAGGAAGGGGAACGACUGGAGCAAGCGGAUCGUGUCAGUGACAUGGCCCAAGCUUCGCCCAACCGUGUGUCCGUUCCAGAGCUUCUGCAGCAGCUCCAGGUCACGCAAGACGAGUUGGAAAACAUUCGGGAUACGAAAUAUCAGCAAGAAUACGGCGGUACGCAGGUUUUACUGAGCGCAAAAGAAGCGAUCUCACUCUGGCUUCUCGGUGCCCGUAAGACCAUGUAUAAGCGAUUGAUAGACGCCCAGCAGACUAAGAACAAGGUUGAUCCCGAAGUAACGCUGCAAUUCCUGAAAAGCGCUAUCUACUACUUCCUGACGGACAAGGAAAAUUCCCAGGGUCACUUAAAUGCUAUCGAAAGUAUUCUGGGUUUUUCGGAUGUGGAGCGCUCCAACAUUGAUAAGGCCCGGGCGUACAAGUAGACCUACCGCGGUUAGAUUACAAAGAAGCAUUAAGUUGUUUUACUGCAACACACAAACACACAGAAAUUUAGGCAACACCGAAACUUAAAUGUAGAUAAGAUUUUAACGCUCUUUACAAUUGUUAUGGAAUUAUGAAGAAUGCAGCUCGAAGUACUGAAAUGAGUUUGAAUAGCAAGUUAACUAUUCUACGCCCUUGAGGAAUCGAGUGGUCGAUCAAGAGAGUAACUCUGGAACGGAUUUAUGGAUAGAUCUUUAAGAAGAGCCUAACAAAGUUUAUAAGCUGAAAAAAGCAUAGAAAAAUUAUCCAUCACCCAAACAGUUGUGAUGAAAUGAGUGUGCAACGAUCUUUUUUUUUGAAUAAUUGUGACGGAGAUUUAAACAUUUCGAGUUAAGACAUUCUCCGUUGUUCCUUUACUCUCGGUUUAGUAUUUAUUCGUAAAAGAUAGCUACCGUUGGUUUUGGUACGAUUUUAUCUUAAGAACCGAUUUUAUUCGAUGAUCUUAUUCUCCUUUUCUUGUGUAUUAUUCGUGGAGACUAGACGAAACGGGUGCUUUAAAUGAAUUCCAUUUUAUACGUUAAAAAGAUUGUUGCAGGUUUCUGUUCGUGUACGCUACCACAAAAGUAAAGAAAUGAAAUAUUCUCUGCCAUCCACGUUUUUACAUAACACAGACACAAAAGUAGACAAACAGAAUAGAAUCGUUGUCCGUAGAGAUGCGGAGCAAUUUUCCGCUGUGUUGCCGCUUGAAGAUAGACACGAAACAACGCGUACGUCCAGAUGGAGCAGCUUUCAAUGCAUUAGAUAAGUAAUUUAGCUAUCACCAAAAAAUAUAACAGACGCCAGUGAGAAAAGGAGCCUAUUUUUUUUUCGUAUGAGCAGAAAAAUCCGUUUACUGAAGGUUUCCCUCGUAGAACUAUUCAGGUUUGUACGAUCGAAAUCCUAGGAAAAACAUAACAGAGCAAGGAAAGUCAUCAGUAAGGAAAACGUGAUUUCUCGACACACGAUCAGUGAAAAUGAAGGUGAAAGAUAAUGAGAGAGAGAGAGAGAGAAAUAAAUAAAGAGAGCGAGAGAGAAACAGUAGUUUGCAAUCCAUGCAAUAGUGCCUCAACGAAGUGCAUGUAUGCAAGGUAUUUUUGUCAGCGCUUUAUGGCAGUAACGGCAGGGUAGAGCAUAAUUCGGACUACAGGCUGCUUAACGCAUCUAAGCGGUGCAUGCUGGCAAGGGAAUGAUAGAAAAUUAUACAAGUAUUCGGUAAUGCAACUGAUUACGACGAUUGAGAGAUAAUAUUACAUCAUUAAAGUAAAAUAAAACUAAGAGACGUUAUUGUUGCAAAA